UUCUGAUUUUCUCCAUGCAUAAAUUUUGCAUUCAGAACAAGAUGGAACACUCACAAACUCAUUCUAGCAUGAUUUUGUUCAGAUUUUUCCUUUUUUUAUGGUGGACCGCAUGUCUGCAAUCUGCAACACUAUCCACUUCUGGAAAUGAAUCUGAUCGCCUGGCAUUGCUAGACUUCAAGAAAAGAAUAACUCAAGAUCCUCUCCGUAUCAUGAGCUCAUGGAACGAUUCCAUUCAUCUCUGCAGUUGGCUAGGCGUUACGUGCAACCCUGCCACGAAAAGGGUCAUGGUUUUGAACCUGGAAGCUCAAAAAUUGGUAGGCUCCUUAUCUCCUUCUUUGGGAAAUCUUACUUAUCUUACUGGAAUCAACCUGAUGAACAACAGCUUUCAUGGUGAAAUUCCUCAACAAAUCGGUCGCCUACUGAGCCUGCAACAUCUCAACCUGUCUUUCAAUUCCUUUGGUGGGAAAAUUCCAUCUAAUAUAUCUCACUGUAUGCAACUAAGCGUACUCAGUCUUGGUCUUAACAAUCUCACUGGAACUAUCCCACAUUGGAUUGGAAACUUUUCAUCUUUGGAAAAUUUUGUGCUUGCUAUCAACAAUUUUCAAGGAAGCAUACCCCAUGAACUUGGGCGUCUAACAAACUUAAGAAGAUUUGUACUAUGGGAUAAUAAUCUGUCUGGUAUGAUCCCUACUUCAAUCUAUAAUAUUUCAUCCAUAUACUACUUCACUGUUACUAAAAACCAGCUGCAGGGAGAGCUACCGCCUAAUGUGGGAAUUACUCUUCCUAAUCUUGAAGUAUUUGCCGGUGGGGUCAACAAGUUCACUGGAACUGUUCCUCUGUCAUUGUCCAAUGCUUCAAGACUUCAAGUGCUUGAUUUUCCUGAAAAUGGUCUCACUGGGCCAAUCCCCGCUGAAAAUCUUGCAACUUUGCAGAGCUUAGUUAGGCUCAACUUUGAUCAAAAUAGACUAGGAAGUGGGAAAACUGGUGACCUGAAUUUUCUCAGUUUCCUAGCUAAUUGUACUAGUCUUGAGGUGUUGGGUCUUAAUGAUAAUCAUUUUGGAGGAGAAUUGCCAGCAUCAAUCGCCAACCUUUCUACCCAGCUUAAAAGGCUUACUUUGGGGACCAAUUUGAUACAUGGAAGCAUCCCUAACGGCAUUGGAAAUCUUAUAAACUUGACCCUUCUGGUAGUGGCAGAAAACUAUUUGGGUGGUAGUGUCCCUGAUGUAAUCGGGAAACUUCAGAAGUUACAGGGUGUUGAGUUGUUUGCUAACCAAUUUUCUGGGCCAAUUCCGUCCUCCCUAGGUAACUUGACUUCAUUGACAAGGCUCCUCAUGGAAGAGAAUAAGUUUGGGGAAAGUAUACCACCAAGUUUCGGGAACUGCAAAAGUCUACAGGUACUUAACCUUUCAAGUAACAAUCUAAGUGGCACCAUUCCUAAAGAGGUUAUUGGGCUUUCAUCCCUUUCAAUUUUUUUAUCCAUAUCUAACAAUUUUUUGACUGGUUCGCUACCAUCUGAAGUGGGUGAUCUGAAAAAUAUUGGGGAGUUAGAUAUUUCAGAAAACAAGUUAUCAGGUGAAAUCCCAGGAACCCUCGGCAGGUGUAUUAGUUUGGAGCGUCUUCAUUUGCAAGGUAAUAAACUUGAAGGAUCAAUUCCCCAAACACUAAAAAGUUUAAGAGGCUUGGAAGAAAUAGACAUUUCACGUAAUAACUUAUCAGGGAAAAUUCCUGAGUUUCUAGGAAAUCUUGGAUCUCUUAAGCAUCUCAAUAUUUCUCAUAACAAUUUUGAGGGUGAAUUGCCUAGAGAAGGGAUCUUUUCAAAUGCAAGUGGUGUCUCAAUCCUUGGAAAUAAUAGGCUAUGUGGUGGAAUUCCAGAAUUCCUUCUUCCUGCAUGCUCUAGCAAAAUGCGCCAUUCACCUCGAGGAUUACUUGCCCCAAAAGUAUUCAUCCCUAUAAGUUGUGCACUAGCAUUUUUAAUUGCUCUGUCAUUCUCCUUUGCUGCUUGUUCAUAUGUGAAAAAGUCAAGAGAUAGACCAGUCACUUCGCAUUCUUAUACGGAUUGGAAAUCAGGUGUUUCUUACUCUCAACUCGUUCAAGCAACUGAUGGGUUCUCUGUGAACAAUCUGAUUGGCUCGGGAAGUUUCGGUUCUGUUUACAAAGGAGUAUUCCCUAGUGAUGGAACGGUAGUUGCUGUUAAGGUAUUAAACCUUCAACAAGAAGGAGCUUCCAAGAGUUUCAUUGGUGAAUGCAAAGCGUUAAGAAGCAUAAGGCAUCGUAAUCUUCUCAAGAUCGUAACUGUCUGCUCCAGUAUUGAUAAUCAGGGCAAUGACUUCAAAAGUCUAGUUCUGGAGUUCAUGGAAAAUGGAAGUCUAGACCAGUGGCUUCAUCCAAGAGAUGAUGAACAAUCUCAGCCUAAGAGAUUAAGCCUCAUCCAAAGACUCAAUAUCGCAAUCGAUGUUGCUUCUGCACUAGAUUAUCUGCACCACCACUGUGAAACGGCCAUUGUUCAUUGUGAUCUAAAGCCAAGCAAUGUACUUCUUGACGAAGAUAUGGUAGCCCAUGUUGGUGACUUUGGUUUAGCAAGGUUCCUCUUACAAGCAUCAAAUGAUCCCACCAAAACUCAAACCAUGUCAGUUGGGCUAAAGGGUUCCAUAGGCUACAUUCCUCCAGAGUAUGGCAUGGGAAGCCAAGUUUCCAUAAUGGGAGAUAUUUACAGCUAUGGGAUACUGUUGCUAGAAAUGUUCACAGGAAAAAGACCAACCGAUGACAUGUUCAAAGAUGGUUUAAGCAUUCACCAAUUCACAGCCAUGGCUUUGCCUGACCAUGCCAUGGACAUAGUUGAGCCUUCAUUGCUGCUUGAAACAGAUGACGAGGAGGAUGAUGAAGAACACGACGUCGAAUAUGAAAUUGACAUACAAGAAAGACCCAUAGCGAGGUAUAUGGAUCCCAGCCCAGACAAAGUAAAAAGAUUGGAGGAAUGCGUGGCUUCAGUGAUGCAAAUAGGGAUCUCAUGCUCAGCCGUAUCACCGACAGAGCGGAUGCUUAUGGAUGUUGUCGUCAACAAAAUGAAUGCAGUUAGGGGCUCAUAUCUCAAUUAUUUAACAACAAGAAGAAGAAGAUGAUGAUGAUUGCAAUGUAAAAGAAAAUAU